GCAUAUUAUGUAUCUCACAAUUUGUAUAUUGAAGAUUUUAGUCUUUUUGUUUAAGCUUCUUUCCUCAUCAUGUUGAUGGAUUUGUAGGUUAAAAUAAAGAACCGAUGAAGGUUUUAGUAAAAAGCCAAACAGAUUGUAGGUCUCAAAUCAACCAUGUUAUCAUUCGAUGAUGUGAUUAGAAGUCGCACAUAAACAGUGAUAAUAUUUUUACUGUCUAAUCUAAACCCAUGGCCUCUGUUUCACUACCCUCACAACCCUACCGACUCUCUUCUCAACUGAAGGUUAUCCAUUUGUUGGUUGAAAAGAAAAAUAUUCUCUAACCACAGUUUUCUAGAUCCAUUUCCUUACUAUAAAUUCAAACGAUUGUCAGAGAUUUAAUGCAUAGAAUUUAGUGAGAAGUUGUAAAAUUUUGGAAGCAGAAGAAAGGAAGGAUGAGGGCUGAUGUGUUCGUUGCCUGCAGAGAUGGCGAUCUGAGCAGUAUUCAAAAGUUAUAUGGGCAGAACCCUCGCCUUCUGCGAGAGGUUGCAUUUGAAGGAAACAGUCUUCUCCACAUCGCUGCAAGAGAAGGGCACGGUGAAAUUGUUUCAUGGGCUCUAACCCACUUGAGUGGUUACCGUUGUAUGACAAAAGCUCGCAACACUGAUAAAAAUACGGCGUUGCAUGAGGCUGCUAAAGGUGGGAAUGGACGAGUGAUAAGCAGUCUGCUUGGCUACAACAAGUCCGCCGCCUCCAGACGUAAUCAGUUUGGAGAGACGGCUUUGAUAAUAGCAUCUGAGAACGGUCAUGUAGAAGCAGUGAGGCUUUUGAUGGAAGCCACUCCAUGGUAUAUGAUUUUAUGGCCAAGGAAUGAUCACCAAACAUGCCUUCAUGUUGCAGCUUACGAAGGCCAUCUAGAUGUUGUGAAGAUUAUAUUAGGGAAGCCAAGCUUAUGGGAUAUACUACAUCUUAUAUCUCUUAUUCCUGAUGUCUGUGGUGUCACUCCCUUGCAUAUUGCAAUUCAUGGAAGACAUAUGGACAUUGCAAAUGAAAUAAUGAACACAAAACUAAAUUCAUGGUGCUGUAGUCAUUGGUUCAACAAGAGUUUAAUGACGAAGAAGGAUAAACUUGGAAGAUGCCCAAUUCAUGUUGCAGCAUUGAAUGGUUGUAUGGAUAUAGUUGAAAGAUUUAUAUUUCUAAUCCCAGAUUGUAUAGAAAUUCGUAGUACAGAUCUUAAAACUGCUCUACAUUUCGCUGUGGAGUAUAAUCAAUUUGAUGUUGUACAGAAACUCUUAUCUCCCUUCCAGCCAACAAAAAUUGUGAAAUUGGUCAGUUACGACCGUGACAUUUCUGGCAAUACUGCAUUGCAUUUGGCGGCUAAAAAUGGAGUAGACCCUCAGCUUGUGGAAUAUUUAAUAUCAUUCUCCGGCGUAAAAGUGAAUGCUAUAAACAAUGAUGGGCAGAGUGCACUUGACAUAGCAGCUGGUGCUGAAUCUGACAACAACUGCAAUUUUAGUAGGAUUGCAAUGGUUCUCAAAGAUCAGGAUGCAAAACAUAGUUUCAUACUACAUUCCAAAGCUUCAAGGAAAUUAAAUGAGAGUAAAAUCCAGAACAACAGCAAUAACGAAAAUGUAAUGUCAGUGGACACGCUGGUGGCAUCCUUAGUUGCCACAGUGACAUUUGCAGCUGCAUUUCAGGUGCCAGGAGGAACUAAUAAAGAUGAAGAUACCAACAUGGCACUAGAAACCCUAUUUCAAGUGUUCUUAUUUUCAGAUUGUCUUGCCUUCUUUGCCUCCAUCACGGUGGUGAUGGCAUGGAUAUUUAGGGAAAGACUACAGGAAAAGCUUACCGUGGAUCGCUCUCCAUUGACAAAAAUAUCCCUGCUCUGUUUAGAACUCUCAGUAAUGUCAGCAGCUCUUGCAUUUGUAAGUGCAAUCAUCCUGGCCACAAUACCUCGCAAUCUAGAAAAACAUAAGGAUAAAAAUUUCAAGGAAUAUCAGUUAAUCUUUGGAGGCGAAAUUUUGACAGCAUCGCUUGUUCCCACAGUUGCUAUUAUCCUUCUAGCCCUUGUCUGGACUUUCGAAUAUUAUUUUAGGACCACAAAUGAUUCCCUGCAAAAACUUAAAACCCAAUUUCAGCAGGUUAUAAUCUAUAUAAUUCCCCCUUUUCUCCUCAUAUUUAUAGUAAUUUUCACCUACGGUUACAGCCAAAUAAAGUGACACCUUCCUUAUGCAUUUCUAUUGUUGGAGAGGUGAUUGCCACAAUAAACUUGUCUUCUCCUCCUUUUUAAGCCCGUACGUCCACUAUAUCUUUAACUUUCACAGGGUGCUUUGAAGAUGGAUUUUCAGCAGCGUGUCCAUGUUUUUGUACAGCCUCUGGUUGCAGUUCAUCCUUUCACGAUGGCGUUUUAUUAGUUUGUUUUCAUCUUCUAUGUAAUCGGGCUUCCUCCUUCCAGUAUGAAUACACGUUUUUUAGUAUUGUAAUCAA